UCGAUUUAUAACUCAGUUGUAGCGCUCGAGGUUGCCUUUUCAUUUUCUCAUGCGGUGUUGCCAGCCCAUACAAUAACUAUGGCUUCUUAAACUCUGAAUCCUCUCUCUCUCUCUCUCUCGCUAGCUCCGUGAAAACCACUUUGCAUCUGUGCGAUUAGUUUCUAUAUGUGUAGCAGGAAAAUACACAAGUAGUUGUAGUUUUUGAGGUUUGAUCUGUGAGAUUCAAGGAACUUUUUCAAUAGAGAGAAGCAGAAAGGGUUUGAAUUGACAUAGAUGGCGGCGUACAGAGCCGACGAUGACUACGAUUACCUGUUCAAGGUGGUCUUGAUAGGAGACUCCGGUGUGGGUAAAUCCAAUCUGCUCUCGAGAUUCACCAAGAACGAGUUCAGUCUCGAAUCCAAAUCCACAAUCGGUGUCGAAUUCGCCACCAGGAGUAUUCGUGUCGAUGACAAGAUCGUCAAGGCCCAGAUUUGGGACACUGCUGGCCAAGAGAGAUACCGUGCAAUCACAAGUGCAUACUACCGAGGGGCUGUUGGUGCAUUGCUUGUUUACGAUGUCACCCGACAUGUCACAUUUGAGAAUGUUGAGAGAUGGUUAAAAGAGCUCCGAGAUCACACUGACUCCAAUAUUGUGAUAAUGCUUGUGGGGAACAAGGCAGAUUUACGUCACUUGCGUGCUGUUUCCACUGAGGAUUCAAAGGCCUUUGCUGAGAGAGAGAGAACAUUUUUCAUGGAGACAUCUGCCCUCGAGUCUAUGAAUGUCGAGAAUGCAUUUACAGAGGUGCUCACACAAAUAUAUCGUGUGGUCAGCCGGAAAGCUCUUGAUAUUGGAGAUGACCCUGCAGCCCUGCCUAAAGGGCAAACCAUCAAUGUUGGGAACAAGGACGAUGUUUCGGCUGUAAAAAAAGUUGGUUGCUGUUCUGUCUAACCACCAGAGUAAAGGAUUGAUGAGCGAUAGACAGUCGUUCUUUGCCUAAACUUGUAAGAACCCAGAUUCAAACUCAAUUUCUUAUUUAUAUAUCCACUAUUUCAUUUUCAAAUACAAAGAUUCUUGAGCUUAUCUGAGGUUGGUCGUCAAUUUGAAGCAUAUAACGAAAUGCGGUAUGGAGAUUCUCCUGCUCACAGAUUGCAAUUUCUUAGUAUUUUCUCAAGUUUCCCCCAUAUGUAUUGUUUCAUUUGUUUACUUCUUCUUGUUUGUAUUGUAUUUUGUUGCACCAUAUUAAUAUCGGGACUAUUACUGACUCAUGUAUUUGACCGAGUCGUAAGUUUAACAUUGGUUGUUAAAAUGGUGAGUUGUUAUCUCAAC